UUUAGUUUUUAUUUUUCUUACAUCAUUCAUGCUUAUGUGCUGUAUCCUUCCGUAUAAAGGAGGUAAACUUCUCCACACCCUCUGUUUCUCCCUCUCUCUAGGUUUCUCCCUGGCUGGCCCCUCCACGACUCCACGGAAGAGGCAGGUGCGUUUUUCUGCCCGCCAUGACAUCCUGCUGCUCCGUGAGGUCAUCGCCCAGAACCCCUUUACCUCCAAAGAGUCGGGCCGGAUCUGGGCCCGUGUAGGCGAGAUCAUCACCGCUGCUCUGCAGGACGAGAACUUUGAGGUGGACGGGCGGCGAUGCAGAGAAAGAACCAUGCUGCUGCUGGAUUACUAUAAGAAGCAGGACUUCGCCAGCCUGCGCAGGUUUGGGACUGAGAGACUGUAUGCACAGAAGGAGGACCUACUGCAUGAGGUUCUUGAGUUAGAGGCUGAGAAGAACCUCCUGGCCAGUGGUGAAGGAAAAUACCAGGAUGAAGAGCUGAAGAAGAGAGCGCUGGAAGAGCUGGCACUUCCUGAACCUGACAAACCCACUGUACUCCCAGUCACAACAGCACCACCUACAGUGCCCGGGUCGCUGGAGCCCGAGGAGCAGGAAGACCUGGGCGACCUGGCGCCGCCCACAGCCAAGCGCCCGUGUCAGUGCUGCUGUCAGACGUACUCGGAGAUCCUGAGCUUCCUGGAGAAGCGCUCGGAAGCGGAGCAGCACCUUCGGGAGGAGGAGAUGGCACUCCGCAGGGAGGAGCUGGAGAUUCAGAGGAACAAGAUCGCCCUGGAGCGUGAGCGGCUGGGAGCCGAGAGGAAGGAGCGUGAGCGGAGGUUCGAGCUGGAGAGCCAGGAACGGCAGGUGAUCCUGGACCUCCUCAAGGAGAAGGUGCUCAAGAGUGAGAAGAACCUCGAGUGUUGACUUAUCGGCUCAACUCCAAAUGCUGUUCCAGUGGAGACUGUCAGUGAUUCGGACUACAACCUGGAAUUCUGACUGAUCAUGUCAGCUUGUAACACUCUUCUCCCACAGACUGUCCUGCACUGUCAGCCAACUCGGUACACUUUUCAGCUGGUAACAACGUUCCUGAUUUUCCUUCGGAUCUGAAACUGCUUUUGAUGUCCGUCCCAUAGAAUAACGGACAGAGACUUAGCCACUGCUGUAGGCAGUUGUUUAAUGCUGUAAUUUAGGCACUAGUGUCACUCCUGAUAAACAGCAUUAAUGCACCAGUAUUUUCAGUAUUUUAAUUAUUCUGUUUCACCCUAUUUUCAUGUUAAGUCAAACCCUUUAUUUUUCCAACUCAGCCUGAGUUAAAGCAGUCAUGUUAGAGCAGUCCUGUGGCCCUGCCAGACUACUUGGAUUUGCUUAGGAAGCUGCAUAUAGAAGAUUCUCGGUAGUGCUGUCUUUGCUGUGAACUGAUGUAGCUAGAAUGAACACUGUGUAUGUGUUUUAGUUUAAGAUGAGAACGAUUGUUUGUUUAUGGUAUGUUUGUACUUAUUUCAUACUGUCAUUUUUGAAGCAUCUACCUUGUACUCACUGAGUGCAAGUGACUAAACUAGUUAAAAAGGAUAAUAAUAAUAAUAAUAAUAAUAAUAAUAAUAACCAAGAACUUUUAUUUAAAUAUUUUUUUACAAAAUGAAAAUUCUGUAAAUGCAUUGCCUACUGAAAUAUAAACAUGGACUACACAUUGGACUACAUAGCUUUAUAUUGUGAAUAAAACUUUUAA